GAUUGCAUUGACCCGAAGUACUUUCCUUGUCAUAGCUAGCUACCACCGUCUGGACAUGAAGUGACAUUAUAAAUCGAAACGCUUUACAAGUGUGAAAACGGAAAACGAGUCUAAUGAAUAGAAAAGCAAUGAAUAGCAACGCAAUCCACCUCAGACUGAUCACCUGUCACUUGCUUUGACACGCAUCUGCAGCUGAACAAUAUACGCAUAGCGAAAUUGAGAAUUGAUACAUCAACCAUACCGGAACGUACAGAAGUCCUACAUUGGAAUACCGGCAAAUCUCCAUAGAAUAAGCGAUGGGAAUGGAACUUCUCGGUUGCCUUUGCCGACCUCUUGAAUUCCUUCGAUACGAUCGUCUUUUUACCAGGCUACUUCGUUACAAGGAAUAAAUGAUCUAAUUAAUGCCAUGGUUUAGCCGCAGCGCCACAGCUAGACUUGACAAAUGAGGAACCCAUCCUAAUGGAAACUGACAUGGGUUUGAUAAUUGGAUGCAAGAACUCGUAGACCCUCAUAAAAUGGCUACCAAGAAACCCCCGGAUCCCUUUCCUCGACCCAAAGGAGGAGCAGCUGGAGCCUCUCUCAGCUCCACCUUGCUGACAGACAGACCCGGAAGUCUUCAGCUCAAAAUGGAUGAAAUGAAGGAGCACAUCACAAAACUUAAAAAGGAACUGGAGACGGAGAGGAUGUCCUCCAAGAGACUCAAGCGUGACAAGAUGAUGGAGCUGCGCAACAUCCGUUGCGAAGAGCAGAAGAAAUCUGCUGAAGCCCUGGCAACCCUCAGGCUCAAGCUGGAGACAGAGAAGGUGAAGGAGCUGGAGACUUUGAGGGAAUCUCUUCUGAAGCAGAUGUUUUCUGAGAGGAGUAAAUUGUUAAAAGAGAAGGAUGCUUCCAUGAAGAGUCAGUCUGGACAGCAAAGGGAGAUGGAUGCAGUCCUACAGAAAUCAAAGAAUCAGUACUUGAUAGAAGCUAAAGAAGAAGCCAAGAAGCUGCAUGAGGCAGAAAGAACCCGCUUCCUAAAUGAGACAUCUGAAUUCAGGAGAAUUAAGAAGAAAUUAGAAGCAGAACUUGAACAUGCGGUGGCAGCAAACAGAAAAAAUGGUAGCGAGCUUCGGAGAAUUUCAGAGGAACAUUCAAGAGAGCUAGACCAGCUGAAAAGAGAGGCUAGGAGGGACAUCAUUCAUUUGGUGGAAGAGUUAAAAAGCAAACAGCGUGUGAUUGCUGAAUUGGAGAAAGAGCUAGGACAGCAGGCAGGCUAUGCUUUCAAGCUCCAGGCGGAGAAAGACACCCUCGGACAGGAGCUCAAGCUAGCCAAGAUGGCUGACACCUGGGAGAAGAGGAGUCCAUCUGUGAGCAGGAGUACAGCUCCCUCACCAGAUAGCAAUAAAAAUCAAACCAAAGACAACUCAGCACCGGAAUCAUCAACUCUUCCAUCACACUUUUUAAGUGAUAUUCAUUUUCAUACAGCCUUUGAACAACUCUCAUAUAUGCACAUUCCAGAGCUGAAGCAAAAGUUGGACCAGUUAGCUAGCAAAGAGGAAAAUUUAUUAGCUAGUCAGGAUCAUAUGACAUUUAUCUUCUCGAUUUCAAAGGUGCUACAGUCUGCUCAAGAGACCAUAUUGAAUUUUGAGGAAACCAAUGUUAAUAUGAGACAAAGACUUCUUGAAAUGGAAGAACAGUAUGAGAAACUGAAAAGACAAACAGAAGAAAAAGAAGAAGAUAACAAGAAAUUACAGCAGAGGGAUGACUAUAUGAAGAAGGGCUUAGCUGAAAUGGAAGCAGAAGUAUCCUCAUACAAGGUACUGGCAGACAUGAAAGCUACUGAAAUAGAUAAACUUGGAGUAGAAAACAACCAGAUGAAGAAAGAGAUUAAUAAAACCAGGGCUUCCAAAGAGACAGAAGAGAGCUAUAAAGAGAGGAUCUUGGAGUUGGAAAAAUUAUUGGAAGAGCAGCGCUUCCAUAUAGAGAAUCUAUGCAAGGAACAUUCACAGAUGGAAAGUGAGCUACUACAGGGUCAUCAAGGUCAUAGAAGACAGCUGGAAUAUACACAGAGAAUGGGAGAAGGUGGUCUUAACAGAGGUGAGGAAUCGUUUCCAAUUUCACAUGAGUCUGAGCAUAGACGUUCAAGCUUUAUGGAAACUGAGACAGAGAAAACCGAUUCUGAACUCCAGGCAGAGUCCCUUUGGGAAGCCAUAGAGGCCAACAAGAGUUCUGAGACAGACACCCAACUGAACUUCCUUCAAGAUCAGUCUGAUCAAGAGACUUCUGCAGUGGAGGAACUCUUCCAAGUGUUGGAGAAGGGCACAGAAAAAGCUCCACCCACUGCUGGGGCUGCUAUGGAUGACUUACAAAGAAAAGAAGAUGAAGAAGAGGAUGCAAAUACUGUAGCAGAUGACGUUGAUACAGAUAGUUCAUUCAGUCUUCCAUUGCCAGAUGAUGAGGUUGAGGAUGAUAGUUCUGAUGAUGAGCCUCCAAAGAGGAAGCUUCUGGUUCCUGAGAUGUUCCAAGAUGCAAAUUCCGGUUUUUGCACUGAGUCCAGACUGGAUUCCAAGGAUGAUGAUAACAAGCCUGUCAAAGACCUCACAGAAGCAGAUAUGGCAGCUAGAGAAUUCAAUGGUUCAGGGAUGCAAGGAGCACCAGCAAAAAAGGCAAGUGGAGUCCAGGAUAAAAGUCCACAAUUUCCUGGAAUUCAUACGACAAUGGGUUUCAGUGAUGAUAGCAGUGAUACUGAAGAGGAAAGUGACAAGGAGUGGGAUGAAAGUGAAGUACUUAACAAGCUGGGAGUGGAAGAUAAGACUUCAUCUACAAAAGUAGUAACAGAUGGGACUCAGAGUACAGAAUAUGAUCAUGAUGAUCAUGAGGAAGAUUCCCAGGCAGAGUUCUCUGAUUUGGUGUCACAAAAUGAAGAGCUGAAGUCUUUGGUAGAAGAGAAAGACCUAACCAUUCAGGAGAUGAAGUCAACAACACGCACCCUGAAGCAAGUGAUCCGUGAUCAAAUGACAGAGUCUGAAAAACUUAGGGUAGCAGAAGAUACCCUAGGUUUGGAGACCAAACUAGAGGAGUUGAAAAUGAAGGAGGACACUUUGAAAAGAGUUGUCAAAGACCUUCAAAUAUCAGAACAAUCUCUGAAGGAACAGUUGAACCAGCUCAUAGAAGAAAGGGACGACUUGAAAUAUCAGUUAAAAUCAUUUGGAGAUACAAUCAACCAGGGGAAUGAGACUAAAACUUGCCAAGAUGAUCUAGAUGAAAAGUACAAAAGAGCUGAACAAAGGGUCAAGGAGAUUGAGGAAUUGAACAUCAGCAUGAUGGAAAAGUACGAGACUGAGAUAGCUGAGAAAGAUUUGAAGUAUCAAACCUUGGAAACAAAACAUGAUGAGCUUAGUAAUAUCAUGCAGCUGAAAGAUAAUUUACAGCAGAAAUUAUCAGAAACAGAACACAUUUUAAGGGAAAAGGACAAAGAAAUAGUAUCUUUAAAGGACAAUCUUGCUGAAUAUGAACAAAAUGAGGAAAGUGAAAGGCUAGGUAAAGAGCAGAUGGUAUCCAAGUUCCAAGAAAUGGAAGAAAGUCAGGACAAGGUACAGGAAGAAAUUGCUAGAAAAUGCUCUGAGAUAAUCCAGCUUCAGGCACAACUAAAGCUAGAAAGGGAAGAGAAGCAAGUUCAAGGCAAUAUAAUGGCAGAGAAAGAGAAACAUCUCCAAGAAAUUAAAGCUCAACUUGAACAAGCAGAGAAUAAGUUGACAGCAAAGAAAGAAGAAUGUGAAAAUAUGAAAGAGAGAUUGGAACAUCAAGAAUUAAGAGCACAGCAUGAUUUUGAUGAUGUCAUUGCUGAGAGAGAUCAAGAAAUUGAGAAGCUAAAGAUGCAGCUUACAGAAGGAGAGGAUAACCUGAAAGCAAAAUUAUAUGAAAGUGAGAACAAACUUGUUGAAGCAGAAGAGAGCAAGAGGAAAUGUGAGGAGGAGCUAUCUGGACUGCAGUUACAGCUUGCUGACUUCCAGGAUUCUCAAAAUGAAGUGUCAAAUUUAGUGGAGAAGGCAGAGCGAGAUAUUGCUUUGAAAAUUGCUGAAGUGUCAACACUGAAGGCAUCUUUGCAUUUAAUGGAGGAAAAGUAUGAAACUGAAAAGUCAGAAAAGGAGAUGUUCAGGAAAACUCAUUUCAAACUGGAAGGAGAAUUGAUGGCAACAAGAGAAAAUGUUAUACAGUUGGAAGAACAGCGAUCUUCUCUCAAGAAAUUGCUGAUGGAAAUGAAAUCUGAAGUUGAAAUUUUGAAUGAGGAAAACAAAAUAUUGGAUGAGAAACUGAGCCUUAAUGAAUCAAAGUCUGCCUCUAAUCCUGUUGUAUGUGAAGAUGUUAUCAUUGCUCAUGCAGAUGACACAACAGAAGCUGUACCUGUAGAGCAGUUGACUGAAAUUCAAGAAGAGAAAUUGCAAUGUCAGCUCAAAGAGAAAGAAGAGGAAGUCAUCAAGUUAGAAAGUCUUGUGAGAACUUUAGAGGAUGAAAAGGUAGCAAUGGAAGAAAGAAUGAAGGGUAUUGAGGAGCUUCUGAAAGACAGUGUCAUAGAUAAUGAAGAUAUGCUGAGGGAGAGAAUAGUAGAGCUGGAAUGUAUAGAAAAGACCAUGAAGAGAAGAGUCCAGGAGCUGGAAUUGACUCUAAAGGAAUCUGAAGAGAAAGUGAAUGAUACUUUUGAAGAAAUGAAAAAUCUUGAGGAGAGCUAUGAGGAGAGGUUUAAAGAGCUAAGGGCGUCGGAGCAGCUGCAGAUGGAAAGAGUUGCUGAACUUGAGGAAGCUGGAAACCAUUUGAAGAGUGAGACUGAAAUGCUCAAGGAGCAGUUGGAUAACAGUGAAUCUAUGAACAGAAGCAUGAAAGAGAAACUCAAGGAGAUGGAGACAGAGUUAGAAGAGUUACAGGUUGUGAGCAAGCUUGCCGGAGAUGAACUUGGAGGCACCCACAAGAGCCUUCCUUCCUUGAUGGAUGAAGGAUUGGGUGCUCUAGACACAGGAAGGACUAACUUCUCUCACUACGAAGAAGACUUUGAGGAUGAUGAUGUAGAGGAGGACUUUGUCUUGAGUGAUGACCUGCCCCAAGGAUCGGCUUCUGAAGCACUUAAUGAUCAUUCUGAUGAAAAGGUUAAGCUACAAAGGAGAGUUGAAGAACUUGAGAAAUCUGAAGCCAUGCUCAUGGAGAAGGUUGAAAUCCUUGAACAGUCUGAAGGCGAGUUAGCAGAAUUAUUGGAAUCCUUGCAACAGAAUGAGGCUAUUGUCAGAGAAGCUUCAGAGCAACUUGAAAACACAAGGGUACAGAACCAGGAAAUGGAAGAGAGUCUUGACAAAGCACUAAAAACAAAUCAAGAUCUCCAGGAAAAACUGGCAGAACUGGAGAUUGAACGAGAUGAACUUUUGCUAAAACUGGAAGAGGAAACUGAGAAGGAUGAGAAACUAAGUCAGCUACAGAAGGAUCUGGAAAAAGCUCAAAAUGUUCAAACUGAUUUGGAAAAUAAAUAUCACAAACUUGAGGAAGAAAACAGCAGCUCAUUAUCAAAAUAUAAAGAACUUGAAGAGGCUUAUGAUCAGAUGGCAACUUUAAAAGAUGACCUUGAAAAAAAGCUCAGGACAUUGUCUGAAUUUGACACUUCCAAUUCAAGUUUCAUAACUCCAGAAAGUGUCUCAAAACUAGAAGAAGAAAACAAGCAGAUAGCAAAGCAACUAUUGGAGGCAGAGGAAGAGCGCACAUGCUUCGUAGAAAAGAUGAAAGCCUUGCAAGCAGACAUUGAGUUUUUAGAUGAAUUAAAGGCUGGAGGAGAACAGUCUAUUGCUGAAUUGAGCUUCCAGGUGGAGUCUUUGGAAGGUGAAGUGGCUUCAAAAUCCAGGAUGCUAGAAGAAAAUGAAACUGUCCUGGAAGAGAGGCAGACAGAAUUGACAGAGCUGAGAAGGAAGUUGGAAGAGGAGAUGGAUUUGAACCUGGAGCUGGAGGCACAAAAUAAGCAUCUGAAGGAGGAAUAUGUGGUGAAGAACAAAAUGUUUCAAGACAAUGCAAAUAUCAUGGAGAAGAAAGUGAUUGAACUUGAUGUGACAAAGAAAGAAUUAGCAACAGUUACUGCAACAUGCAGUGAACUGAGAGUCACCAUCUGUGAUUUAGAAAAAAUGAUGGAUGAUCUCAAAAGUGAGAGAGUUCCUGAAGUACCUGAGAAGAAUGUGAAGACUCCCUUUGUAGGGGAAGAGAUCAUUUCAAGUGAAGUUCAAUGUAUGGAAACAAUGGCUCCUCCUCCUCCACUGCCCACUUCUCUUCCCCCUCUGACUCAAUACAGUGCUCAAAUGCAUAACGAUGAGGAUGAUGAAGAUGAUGAUAUUGACAGUCCUGAAGAGGGCAGUAGAAUGGAAAGUGCUCCAACGAUUGAAGCCCUGCAGCUUCGCAUCCAGCACCUCAUGGACAAUGAGGAAAGGCUGCAAGAAAAGAUUGAUGAGCUGGAGCAACGUCAAAGUGCCUUCAAUGAAACACUUGCUGCAGCAGACUCUAUCAUGGCAGAAAGAGAUGAUGAGUUCAAGGAAGAGAUAAGUGAACUCCAGAGCUCAAACAAUGAUUUGAAACAAAUGCUGGAAGAAGCCAGAAAGCAAGGACAGAUGAGCAGAAGAUCCAGUGAUGUCCUGACUAAAAGUGAAGAGGAGUGUAGUAUAUUUGAUUGCAUUGAUGAAGACAGUGAGACAGAAUAUGGCUUUGAUGAUGAUUUUGAGGAAGAUUUUGAGGAGACUGGAAAACCAAAACACCAAGCAGGGAAUGCUAAGAGGAGAAGGUCAACGCAAUCUAAUAAGAUGCCACCAAAACUGAAGAGGAUAGAUAGUGAUGACACUCUGAUGCAGAGCCAGGGGAAAAUAGCUGAUUUAAUGGUCAAAGUUGAUGAACUGGAAAAGCAGAAUACAGACCUUUUAUCUGCCUUGCAGGAGAUGGAGAAACGCCUGAGUGAAACUCAAUCUGAUGAGGAAUUACAAGCAAAGUCUAGUCCUACACACCAGGAGAAGAAUGAGAUGGAAUCGGAAAUCCAAUCCUUGAGAGCCCAACUAGAUGCAUUUAAGCCAUUCGAAGAUCAAUUCAAGCUGUUCCUGGAAGAGAAAGAUCUAAGUGAAGCAGAUAGACAUGCUCAAGAACAUGUAUCCAUUUCAUCUCCUGACAAUGAAGUUAAGACCCUGAGGGAAAGAAUAAUGGAACUGGAGUCUUUGCAGGAAGAGUUGAAAGAAGAGUUGAAAGACACCAAACUUAGUGAAGAAACCUUGACAGAAAUUAGUGAGGAACAGGUAAAUGAGAUACAGAGGCUCAAGGAUGACCUUGAUGAAAUGAGAUCAAAGAUAUCAAAAGAAAAGAUUGGUAAAGGACAAAAGGUAAAUGUAAACAAAAGUGAAGUAGAUGAGCUGGAACAGCUUCAAAAGAAACUAUCAUCUUCCAUUGCUGAAAAUAAGGAAUAUGAAGCAAGUGUUCAACUCAUGAAUGAUAAGAUAAAGCAAAUGGAGAAAGCAAAAGAAGAACUGCAGGAUGAAGUGGAUAUUCUUAAUGCUCAUGUAGAAGAACUUGAGAAGUCAGAAACCAAAGUCACUGAAGAUCCUCAAGCCAGUGAAAAAUCACAGGAAAAGUUAAGGCAGUCCAAUGAACAGCUUGAAAGAACUGUGAAGGCACUUGAAGACAGCAUUGAGAUGCUGACCUCCCGUGUGCAGGAGAGCGACCAAGGACAGGAGAGGGCAAAGGCAUCCAACAAGGUUCUUGAGAGCAAGUUCAAGGACAUGCUAAUGUCUGAAUCAACACUCAAGAACAACUUGAAGCAAGUGGAAACCACAAAUCUAGACCUGGAACAAAAGGUGAAUAAGCUGGAGAGAUCAGAUGAAAAGUGGAAACAGGAGAUGCAGGAGAUGGAGGAUGCUAUCUUGGACACCAAGAGACAGAGCAGGAGGCUUGAGGAAGAGGUCAAGCUUUUGAAGCUGGACAAUAGCCAGCUCAAGCAUGAGAAUGAGAUACUAUUGGAGAAGGUAGAAGACAAGAAGGGCCAGGACCUUCAGACUCAGAACAGGUUGUCUGAGAUGGAGAUUGGAGAAAGCAACCUCAGACUGCAACUGAAGAAUUCUGAGAUAAGGGAAGCAAAACUCAAAGAACAACUCAAGGACUUGGAGGACUCUAUUUCCACUUUGAAACAAAAGGUUUCCAAGACGAACAAGUUGGAAGGGGAUUAUGACUCACUGCAGAGAGAGCUACAGGCGGCACAGCAGAGGGCCGAUGACUAUGAGAGGUCAAAUGGCAAGCUGGAAGAAAAAUUACAACAGCUGGAACAGAAUCUCAGGAGUCAUGGCAUGGUAAGUUUAUCAGUGAGUGAAUACCAGGAGCUAAAAGCUCAGGCAACCCUGGCCUCCUUGGCUGAUGGAGACACACCUGGAGCUAAGGAGAUUGGAGGAGGAGGAGGAGCAGCAGGAGAAGUAUGGAUGAGAUUGGAUCAAAAGAACAAGGAACUGAGAGAGGUUCAGGAGUUAUAUAACCAGUCUGUUAAAGAGAAUAUGAAACUGAAGCAGAGGAUUCGAGAGCUCCAAACAAAGGGAGGCCCUAGCAGUCCCAUUCAUCCCCAGAAUGAGUCUGGAGGGGAGGAUAUAGAAGCCAAGUCAACCCAAACAACUCCCUUGAAACUUUUGACAAAAGGUGCUCUCCAAACAAAAAUACUUGCAGAUGAUGAUGAACUUACCCUUGAAGAUUUCUUGAAUGCACUUCCACACCAGAGCUCAGACCACGCCUCUCCCAUCCCUAUCAGGGUGUAUGGACCUCUGAUUCAAACAGAGGAAGACCUGAUCCAGGUGGACCAAUCAGCAUCAACCUUUAUGCAUAGACAGCCAAUCAGAGAGCAGCCCAUAGGAGAAGAGGUAGAGACAGGACAUGUCACCAUGGCAACAAAACCUGUGCUGGAUGAUGGGUUCGAUUUUGAUGGUUUUGGUCUAGAAGUUGAUGAGAUUGACAAGUUACGUGUUGGUUCAUCCGUGAGUGAUGACAAUGACGUUUCCCUGUCAUCAGAUGCACCUCCGCUUCCAGAAACCUCCCCACCAGGUCAACUCAAGGCAUUCCAUAGACGUACCAACUCCACAUCUUCAGACAUCUCUGACCUAGCGCCACCUCCACCCCCUCUCCCAUCACUGCCCCCUCCACCCAAGCACAUGGGCGGGGUUAAAGAGGGGUCAGGAGAAAUCUCCCUUCUGAGGGCUCCCUCUCUUGACAGUGGUAUGGAAACACAAGAACCAGAAAUUGAAAUGUCCAACUCACAAGACGUCCACACCGGUCCCCCUCAGCUUCGCUUGCCUACCGUCCCAGGGAGUGUGGGGCCUCCCCUUGCCCCUAAGCCAGGCACGCCCAUGUGGUUGAAGAAGAUGGUUGAUUGGCAGAAUGCCGAGAAGGAGAAGGAACAUGGGGAGUUUGGAAUGAUGAAGGAGAAGGUUGGACAUCUCUCCAGAGCCAAUCAGGCUUUGGAAGAUGAAUUACGACAGCUGAAGGUUGAAAGAGAGCAAAUGAGGAGGCAAGUACAAGGAGCUAAUGAUGCAAGAGAACUUCAACAAAAGCUUCAGAGUCGGGAAUUAGAGCUGGAAGACAAAGAACGCCAAGUGACGCGCUUGAAAACCGAAAUAAAAGAGCGUGAGAUGGAAGUGGUACGACUGAAAUCACAGUUGGAAGCACUUUCCCAGGCAGGAAAGACUAGUCAGUCUGACGAGAUGACAAUGUGGCAUUUAAAGGAUAAGUUGGAACGCACACAGGACCAGCUGAGGGAGAAGGAGCGUUUGAUUCAUUCCCAUGAUGCAUCACUGGGUCGAGUCAAGGCUGACCUUGUCAAGAAAGAAACAGAGCUUCUAGCAAAGGAGAAUGCUUUACAGCUGAAGAUAGAUGAGUUGACCAUGGUGAAGGAGAGGAUGAGAUUGGUUAAAGAAGGUCAGAGAGAUGACACCACAAAGCUUCAGCUCACCGAGUAUUCCUCUAAACUUACCACACUCACAGCUGAGAAUGAGAGUCUCCGUACCAGGCUGUCUGAGCUGGAGCCACUGGAGAUGCAAGUUGGAGAGCUCCGAUCAGAGCUGGGCAGGAGCUCUCUUUCCACCAGGAGCACAGAAGCUCUGGAGAGAAAGCUCCAGGUAGCUCAGAAAAUGCUCCACGAAAAGACAGAGAAUGAGAUGAGGUUAGCAGAAGAUAAUGCUAGCCUUCAGCAAAGACUCAGAACCAUACAAACCCAAGAUACAUACACUAAAGACUUGGAGAAAGAAUACUCUAAAUUGGAAGAUCAGAUGGCAACUCUUGAACAUGAAAGGAAUGAAGCUGAACUUGCAGUAGCACCACUCAAGGCCAAGGUCUCUUACCUCACCAAGAAAUGCCAAGAAAGGGAUGAUCUUAUCCGGAGACUCAAGCAGGAGAUUGCAGUGGUGAAGUCUGACAAAUCCUCUGAACUAUUGGAGCAAAUUGGCAACCUUUCAACUCUGUUACCAGAUGAAGCAUACAAUGAACCCCUGAAGACUCGUUCGAGAUCAAGUAAACACAGGACUUCCAGGAAAUCAAAUAGGGACAAAUUGCCAGACUUGUCAGAGCUGUUGAAUGAUGAUGAAAAGGAAUUUUUGAAGAGAGAAUCUUUGGAAAAUGGUGAAGCGUUGUUUGAUGGAGAGGAUGAUCAAGGGGAGAUAUCGCUCCAAGAACUUCUAAAACAAACGAACGGUUACCGUCAUGGCAUCAAAGGUUCUUUAGCUGAUGUUGACUUGGAUGAGCUAGAUCUCCUUGGAACAGCCGGAGAGACUGGUAGUGAUCAUUUCUCAGUUGAAAAUGGCAUUGGGUUAGGUAGCAGAGACAGAAAGAGAAGAUCACCAGUCUCCUUUGGAUUUGGUUCACUUCCUUCUUCCUUCAAAUCAAGGGCUGUCAAAGAUCGCCAGACAAGACCAUCUUCCUUGGCAGUUCCCGUACCUGGUAGUAACCAAACAUCACCUGGGUCUCUUGGAUUAGACAUUCCUGAUGGUCUCAUCUCUGCUUCUCUUGCCACUCAACCAUCCCUUCCUACCUCUCUACAACAUCCUCCUACCCAGCCCCACUAUCAAAACAAUGUUCCUGCACCCCAACCCCCUCAUGCUCCACCCUCAUUACCCCAGGGUUACCCCCAUCAGACACCAUCCAUCCUUCAGAACCAUCCACGAGGUGUUCCAGGUACCAUAGGACCAGUGCAGCUACCUUCAGCACCUGUUCAGGGUCUUCGGCCGUAUCCCUCGGACCCACCAUCCGCUCCAUAUUCAGGUAUCUCCGCACCCACACAGUACCCACAAACUCCCCAACCUCUACCUCAAAUGCUGAACAAUUCCGUCCCUCGUCCUCACCCCAGUAUGUUACCUAAUGGACACCCAGUUACCAACGGUAUGCCAUCGUCUAUGUAUGGGGUAGGACAGUCGCCCUCUGUUGGUGCCAGCUUGCCAUUGAGUCAUCAGAAUGUGCUGAAUUUACCAGGAAAUCAACCCAACACCAAUGGUCUUUAUCAUUGUCCGGUGUAUAGUGUUACUGACCAGGGUUUAAAUACAGGUAUACCUGAUCCUCCCAAGUCUCUUUCUAUCUCCCGUGAAGUGAGUAAACACAGUGUUCUACUGACGUGGAGCCUGCCCUCUAUGGAUGUAAUGUGUCGUAGCAAUGGUGUUGAGGUAGUAGGUUAUAGGAUAUAUGUCAACGGACAGCAGAAACAACUAGUGUCAAGUGCUCAUAUGACCAAGGCACUGGUUGAUGGUAUCUACCUGAAGACUAUCUACAGAUUUGGUAUAUGCUCUGUUGGUGGUAAUGGCCAAACAUCCAACAUGGCUGAACUGAGUUAUAAUCCCACAUCAAGCAUCCCGUCAUCAACUGCCUCAGAGUCUGGAAGAAGCGAAUCUAUCAUCAGCUCGGAAGUCUCAUCAGGUCCAAAAUAUAGACAUAAAGAAGAGAGGCUGUUCAUGGCCAUUUACACCUAUGAUCCUGAGAGCCAUUCACCAAACGACAAUCCUGAGUAUGAAUUAACAUUCACUGAGGGUGAUCUGAUUACAGUCUAUGGAGAUAAGAGACCUGAUGGAUUCUAUCAUGGAAAGGUUCAAGGAAGGAAGGGUCUCGUACCAUCGAAUUUCAUUGAAGAGAUCUCAAAGGGAGAGAUAAGAAAAAGGGGCUCACGAGAAUUACAUCCCAAGAAAAGCAGAGAGAGCAAUACAGAUGGACGGAGAACAAGAGAAAAGAAGGGAAGGAUUGAUAGAGAGAGUAGAAGAAGAGAAGGACAAUCACAUAGAGGAUCAAGAAUGUAAAUUUAUCUUCCUUGGACAAAUGCAAUAAUACCCAGGGGAGCCAACAAGCUUUGUGUACUCUUUCAUUCACUAGCAAGUCUUAAAAAUAUGCAUUUUAUGAUAAUUAUUCAUUCUACUGAGAAUGAUCAUUAGCCUAUGAUUUAAAUUAAAUAGAGAAAUUAAAACACAAAACUUGAGAUAUGAAUUACUUCUUAAGCUACUAAAAAGACUUGAGAUAUGAAUUACUUCUUAAGCUACUUGGUGAUAUAAUUUUAUUAAGAUAUGAUGGUAUUGAGUUGUGAAUCGGUGUGUAAUCAUUCAAAUGGGCCUAAAUUUACUGUAUUACAAGACUACACUUACUGGCCACCAAAACUGUGUGCCACUUGACCGGAAUGUGCGUUAUAUGACCUGUCUAACAGUUUUAUAGGUUACCUGUCUUUAUUUGCCACUUCACCUAAUUGCUCUAGAUAGCCAGGUUUGGCUGUAAAAAUAUGUGAGCCUUGUAAUUACUAUUAUGUGCAUGGGGUUUUAUAAAUGCAUCGCAUUUUCUUGCCAGCGAUUUUCAGUAUUGUCACGUGUAUAUAUAUUUGUACACUUACAGUGUUGUCAGAACUAUGCUAGAAGAAAAAAGAAAUCACAACCUGGCUUUCAUAGACCUAUUGAAUUGUGUAUCAUAUGCAAUAGAAAGCUAUAGCCUUUGUUUUCUAUUGAUUAAUUGAGGGAUUUUAUUGAAAAUAUCCAUUCUCGCAGUCCAAAGACUGCAUUGCAAUGGUUUCUACAUAUGUUUCAGACAUAUUCUGUAAUUACUGAUGUGUAACUCACAAGGCUUCCAUGAUCAAAAUUAAAUCUUUUUGGGAGCUGAGAUUAAAAAUAUCUAAAUUUAAUAUUAUCUGGAACAUGACUAUACCUCCCCCCCCAAAAAAAAAAUAUAAAAAAAAUCACAUAAUGUACUGAGGUAAUUGGAUUUAUAUCGUGUUAAAAUACCAAGUAAUGAUCAAGUAAUCUCAUAAUGGUCUUUAAAAAAGGAAUCACAAUUAUUAAUUCAUGAUUGAACACAAUAACUUGCAUUGUACAAAGUGUGAUGAUGUAUUUUCAAAACUCCGUCCUUUCAUUUCACCUUGAGACAUAGAGUUGUAUUGUAUUCAAUUUUGUUCAUAUGGAUUAAAAUAUAUAUAUCAAAUUUGUGCACUUAGAAAAUGUAACUUUAUAAUUAGAAGCGUCAUAUAUAGUGCAUCUAGAACUAUCAAUGAUUAAAUAUAUAUAUGUAAUGAACAAACA